GAAAAAAAAAUGUAAGAAGAACGCUGUACGGCUUCAUCAGGAAGACGCAAAAUUGUUCUUCAAUCGAUAUCCCGUUUUCUCAAUCGUUUAUUGAAUCUGAAAUCGUUCAAAUACAAGAUAAUGCUUUCGAUUUGAUCUUCAUACAACUUCAAGAGAAUCAUGGCCUUUUUAUGCCGGAUCAAACAAUCAAAGCUUAACAACAUUUCAAAUCAGUUUCGCCGAUGGUAUUUCCAAGUUCCUGGAGGUUUAGCUGAGAGAAAUAUACCUUCGGUUAUCAGGAUUCCAAGUAUUGUUGAUCAACGGAGGAUUCCACAUGAUUUCUUCUACAGUAAUGUGAGAUUCUUGUCGGCUCAGGUUAAGAAACCAAACAAUCAGGGAGCACCGACGAAGGAAAAAGAAGAAGAGAGUGAUGAACCUCGGUUGAAUGAGAAAAUUACUGCUGAGUUCAUUAGGCUUGUUAGUGAUGAAGGGCAUUAUGUAAUGCCUAAAAGAGAAGCCUUAGAGAAUGCUAGGAAGUUGAACCUAGACCUUGUUGAGGUUCAACGAAAUGGUAAACCACCUGUCUGCAAAAUUAUGGACUAUAACAGAGAGAAGUUUGCCAAACAGACGAAGGAUAAAGUGCGUGUGAAGGAGAACAAGACCAAAGAUACUCUGAAAACUGGGGCUUGCAAAGAAAUUCGAUUUCCUGUUAAAGCUGAACAAAAGGAUCUUCAGAUGAAAGCAGAUGCAGCUAAGAAAUUAAUGGAGAAAGGUUAUCGUGUGAAGUGUACGGUAGUUCUCGAUAACAAAAAGAAACAGAGUACGCCGUCGGGUAAAGAAGGUGACGAAUUCGGAGGCUAUAUCUUACGUGUCUCAAAUCUGAUCAGCGAGUUUUCAGUAAUUGAAAGUGUAUCAAAAGGAGAGAAAUCAGCCUAUCUUGUCGCCAGGCAUGUCAAAUUUGGCCAGUUAAAGAAAGCAAAGAAAAUUUCCAUAGAAGAUUUUGCAAAAUCAGAGUUGCCCGAGGAUGAUGAUGGCGAAUUGAAUGGCGUCUUUGAUGUUGAAGAGGACGAAAAGGUUCCUUCACGUAGUUCUGGUCCAAAAGAAGCAAUCCAAACAAGGCCGAAUCUUCAUGGCCAAAGAAUGCAAUCACAAUCUGGUUUGAAUCCUGGAUCUGGGAUGAGAACCGGGGCUAGUACACCUGCAAAUGACAUUUCUAAGCCAAAAUUACCGCAUCCGACUGGUGGUCCUGGUUCUUCUACAGGUACAAGUUAUGGAAUAUUUAGCCGCCCUUCUAAAGAUAAUGGCGAUUCAAGUGGUGGUGGUGGCAGACCUGCUGAAGAUAAUAGGUAUAAGAAAGGAAGCGGAUCUAGUUCAACUAGGGUUGGAGGAAACUCACCUAAUCAAGGUCCAAACGGUUCUUCUGGUGGGAAAUGGGGAAUCUUUAGCGGUGAAGGCUCGAACCCGAGCCCGAACCCAAAUGGGAAUUCGGGUAGCCGAACUAAUUAAUGUAGAGGUGAGCGACACAUUAAUAUAGGUUAACCUUUUUAUUGAUGACUCUAGAGUAUGUACAAUUGUUGUGUUCUUCGAUGUAAUGAUUCCACAUAUUUUUUAGUGGAAAUUUUGUUGAA